CAUCGCCCAGCUUCUUCUGUUGCUCACUCGGUUGGUCGCUCCGCUGACCGAACUGUGAAACCUUCCACCUGCACAGCCGAAAUGGAAGUCGUCUCUCUUCCCAACUCCGACCUACCAGAACCCUAAUCCUCACUCACCCGCACCACUCGCAGGCUCACCGAUCGCCAUGUCAGUCCUGUUAUCGGCCCAAUUGCAGAACCCAUCGCCCCGCAUCGCCCUUCACUUCCCCCGUCCCCCCGCUAUCAGAAGCCCCGGCCUCAUCCUCCCAAUUGCCAAUUCCCAUUUCCACAUUGUACAGCACAGAGCUCUACUGAGAUGGCACGGCGGCUUCGCUUCCAAUAUGUGCCGCGUCAGAGCUUACUCUUCCGAUGGCUCUGUCUACGGGGAGAACAAGAACGCUCCCGGUAAUUUUGGGGUUGAUUCUUUUCUUUCGAUUGUUGAGUCUCUCUGCCUUCUUUCUUCGGCGGCUGUUUCGAUAGUGUUGGCGGUUAGAAGAAGUGUUUUUGGAGGGUUCGGGGAUAGGGUUUUGGUGUGGGUUGUUGUUGUAUUGAUAUGUGGAGUUGCGAUUGGGAGUUUGGUUAGGAUUCGGCAAUGGAGAAGGUUUUUUAACCAGUCGGUGAAAUCGGGCGGUGGUCGGGAUUUGAAUUUGGUGGAGAGAGUUGAGAAAUUGGAGGAGGAUCUGAGAAGCUCUGCAACAAUAAUACGGGGCUUGUCGCGGCAGCUCGAGAAGCUCGGGAUUAGGUUUCGGCUUACUCGGAAAGCAUUGACAGAACCAAUAGCUGAGACUGCAGCCUUGGCUCAAAAGAAUUCAGAGGCCACCCGUGCAUUAGCAGCACAAGAGGACAUUCUUGAGAAGGAGCUGGGUGAAAUUCAAAAGGUUUUGCUGGCUAUGCAGGAGCAGCAGCAGAAACAACUGGAGCUUAUUCUUGUAAUCGGGAAGACCAGUAAGCUUUGGGAUAGCCGGCAAGAGCCCGUUGAACACCGACAUACAAAUGAAACUUUGGUUUCCACCGAGGAGGAUGGGAAGCCAGUAGAGGUCCAUCAGACUCAAGCAUAAAUAACGACAGGGCCUAGAAUCUGAAGCUGAGGCAUCGAAGAUGUUGAGUAGCUGUUCCCCUGCACAGGAUCGAAUUGCUUUAUGCUUCACUCUGUCAAGUUAGAUCUCCCUGUCCGGUCGAGAGCCAUAUGUCAAGGAAUCAUUUCAACCUCAAGGUCUGUGAGUAAGAAUUCGAGGGAACUCGUGUAAGAGCAUGCCAUUACGCAGGUGCGCCUACAGGAGUCAGCUUCUUGGGCAAUAUUUGUCUGGCGAGCCAUUCAUUUCAAGGGGGACAGAAUCUUGUAACACUAAUGUUUCAAUUUGGUUCUGUUAUUGAUUUUACCCUUAUAUUCAUCGAAUUUUGAACUA